UGAUGAUGUGGUUUUUAGCAGAGUUCACUUCCGCAUAGGUGUUUUAGCCUGAGUGGAAGCGAACCUUCAUAAUGGGGAGUUGAACUGCUUCUGCUCCUCCUCCUCUUUAAGACGUUAAUUCAUUUGUCCUUAAUGAACUUAAACCUGCAUUUCGUGUUUUUAAACCUGUCGUAUGUUUGAGGUCAUCAGUCGCUCUUCCUCACUGUGACUGCACUCGGGAAUGGAGGAUGGAGUUUGGACUGUGUGAAUUCAUCCACUGUUUACUGGCGCUGGCUGUCUCCGUCCUGGUUUUGCUUGUUAUAAUUGCCCAUGUCACUGCUGGAAUGGUGGAUCAGAGGUGUGACGAGAAGGAGAAGUACUUCCUCACCGCUGCAGGUUUAAAGGCGUCUUUCCCCAGUCUGUCUGAUCCUCCUUCGCUGGAGCUCUCUGUGGUGGUGCCCUCCUACAAUGAAGAAUCCAGAUUGCCUGUAAUGAUGGAAGAAGCCAUGGAGUACCUUGAGAAAAGACAGACGAAAAGUCCUUCAUUUACCUAUGAGGUCCUUAUUGUGGACGAUGGCAGCAAAGACAAAACCACAGAGGUUGGCUUAGGAUACACAAAGAAGUAUGGGGAGGAUAAAGUGAGGGUACUGACCCUAGUGAAGAACCGGGGGAAAGGGGGUGCUGUGCGCAUGGGCACUCUGCGCGCUCGUGGACGUCUCGUCCUGAUGGCCGAUGCAGAUGGAGCCACAAAGUUUGCUGACGUUGAGAAGGUGGAGGCUGGAUUACAGAAUCUCAGUCCAAAGCCAGAGAACAUGGCUAUCUCUUGCGGGUCCAGGGCUCACCUGGAAAAAGAAUCAGUGGCUCAGCGCUCUGUGUUCCGGACUUUCCUGAUGUAUGGCUUCCACUUCUUGGUGUGGUUCUUCUGCGUCAAAAAGAUCAAGGACACGCAGUGCGGCUUUAAGCUCUUCACUCGUGAAGCAGCACUGAGGACAUUCAGCAGUCUGCAUGUGGAACGCUGGGCAUUUGAUGUGGAGCUUUUGUACAUCGCUCAGUGCUUAAAGAUACCUAUAGCUGAGGUGGCAGUCAACUGGACGGAGAUAGAAGGGUCAAAGCUUGUGCCGUUCUGGAGCUGGCUACAAAUGGGAAAAGAUCUCAUCUUCAUCAGACUACGUUACAUCACUGGUGCCUGGACAUUGGAGUGUCCACGUAAAUCCCAGUAGGCCUCGCUGCUAUUGGCGUGUGGGCUUACACGAGAACGCUGCAAUGUGUGCCACAUAACACCCACUAACGAUUACUACAAAUCAUUGUGACACUGUUGCGGUUUGCAGUCAGUGAAUGAGAUUACUGUAAAUGGUGUCGUAGAUGCAGUUGGUUUUUUUUUUUUUUUUUUGGUCAUGGUAUUGUCCAGGGGAACUGUUCAUAUUAAUGUUACUUUCUGAAUGUGGUGAUUUUUCAUUUGUAAAGGACUUGACUUGCUUCGCCAAAUAAAAGGCCCACCCCCAA